GCAACUAAAAACAAUAUCGCCCAUCGUCAAAUGAGCGUUAAUUUAAAAGAACGUUACCCAAACGAAGCCAGUUCAGUCAGUCACUGACAACGAACUCGAACACAACGAAAAACGAACCGAAAACCUAAAAAAAAAAUAUAACAACAAACUUAAUUACAUUAAAAAACAUAAAAAUAAUUUUCUUCAAUUAUUGUUUUGUGCCUCUCUUUUUGAAUAUUAACUAAUUAACUGAAAAUGCGAGACGCAGUGGCAAAUGAAGAUCAUCACCAACAACAACAACAGCAUAGAGAUGGAGUCGGUGGCGGAGGCGGAGGAGGAGGGACAAUACACACCGAAUUGCCGGCAAUUAGAGUGCAACCACAAGAGCGUUCCGCAGAACGGCAACUGGUGCAACGUUUGACCAUUGAGCUACUCAUCAUUGUGAUCCUAACCAUACCCAUCUGCAUCUAUGAAUUUGCCGUGGAGCCAGCACGUCGUGGCUUCUUUUGCGAUGAUGAGAGCAUAAGAUAUCCCUUUCGGGAUAACACAGUGACGCCGGUUAUGCUGGGUCUAUUAGUGGGUCUCUUGCCAUUUCUUAUCAUACUCGUCGUGGAGUAUGUCCGGUAUAUGCGAGCCGGUGAAUUGUCAGCCACAGUGCAAUUUCUCAAUUGGCGUGUAUCCACUUGGUAUGUGGAAUUGGGCAAACAUUCCAUAUACUUCAUAUUUGGGACAAUUUUAACAUUCGAUGCCACCGAAGUGGGUAAAUACACCAUAGGCCGUUUGAGGCCGCAUUUCAUGGCGGUUUGUCAGCCACAGCUAUCGGAUGGCAGUCAGUGUUCGGAUCUUAUCAAUCUGCAUCGCUAUGUGGAGAACUAUGAAUGUGCCGGCGAGGGAUAUACCGUUAUGGAUGUAAGGCAAUCGCGUCUCAGCUUCCCCAGUGGACACUCUAGCAUGGCCUUCUAUGCCAUGGUCUAUAUGGCAUUGUAUCUGCAAAAGAAACUCAAUUGGCGCACCUCGAAAUUGAGUCGCCAUUUUGUUCAAUUCGUGUUGAUAAUGUUGGCCUGGUAUACGGCCUUAACCAGAGUCAUGGACAAUUGGCAUCAUUGGUCAGAUGUAUUGGCCGGUUCGCUAAUUGGCGUUGUCGGCGCCCUAAUCACGGCGCAUUAUAUAGCCAAACUAUUUAAAUCAUCAUACGAGGAUGUUCUAUUGGGCACUGCAGGAGGAUGCUUGAGAAGGGAGAAUACUUCGGCCACAUUGCAAGAGGAAGUGUGUGCCAGUACACCGCCUCCGUAUUGUGUUAAUGGCAGUUAUUCCAAUGAUGAUCAGUAUUGUACGAAAGUUUAGAUGACUUGAAAAAGAGUGAAGAGAAGCGAAAGAAAUAAAGUGCAAAAGAACAUUCCAAAGCAAGAAAGGAACAAUGAUUAAAGUUCUCUAGAGAAAUAAAAGAAUAAUAAUAAUAAUGAUGAACAAACAUAAA